CAGAUCGUCUCUAGCGCAUGCGCACAGGUCUCUCUCGGCUAUUUCCGCUCUUCUCCAUUUUGUUCCUGCCAUUCAGUUCAAGGGUAUUAGCACGCGCAGUUGAAAGUGCCCGGACAUCGUCAUGUUUCGUUUCGCCAAGGCUGCCCUGAACCUCAGUGGUCAAAGUGCCCGCCAGGUUGCUGUGAGACAAAAGUCUGAUCUAUCCCAUGAAUUUCAUGCCAAGUAUGGAGCCCCAUUGCUGAUUGCUGGAAUCACAUUUUGUACAGCUGUUUGGGGAUAUGUGAUCACAUCAACAGGCAUUGCAUGGAACCUGUCACCGGUAGGCAAGGUGCAGCCCAAGGAAUGGAAGGAGCAAUAAAUCUGAAAACGCAGAAAUAACAUUCUGAACUUUUCCACUUUACAAAUGGAGACCAUUUUCACCUAAUCCAGUUCUGUUGCUGUCUUGGCAUGUCUGUAAAAAUUGAAUAAAUUAAGUAUAAAUCUUA